UUCGAACCAGCGACAGUCUCUCGGCACAAUGCUGCGUUUUGUAAUUUUGGUGUGUCUGAUGGCAGUUGCCAUGGGCCUCCCAACAAGGACGAAGGAAGAAAUCGAGUCCUUUCGACAAUUUCUGCUGAAUACCAGACUAUCUAGCGAGACCACUUUUGAAGAAACCAUGCAACAGCGCCCUUGGGCCAGUGCAUGGGAAAACAGUGGCAAAUUCGAGGGUGAUAUAGUCGUCACAGACGAAGACAUUGAAAGUCUUGUCAAUGACUUCGCUGGCAUAUCAUCAAGGACCGCCGUCGCAAACCGCGGUAGAACUUGGCCUGGCAGCACGCUUGUCUUCGAAUUUGCUGGUCACAAUGGUAACGAACAAAAUCAGAUUCGUGGGAUAAUGGGCAUGUAUGAAGAACACACUUGCGUGCGUUUCCGUCAACGAGGCCAGGAGCACGAUCACAUUAGAAUCACGAACCACGGAGACGGGUGCUACGCACACGUCGGUUAUUACCAGAACAUGGGCGCUCACAUCCACAACCUGGCACCUAACGGAUGCAUGCAUGGAGGCAUCAUCUUCCACGAAUUUGGACACAAUGUUGGUUUCCAACACAUGCAUCAGGCUAGACCUAGAUACGAAUGGGUCAGCAUCAAUUGGCACAACAUACAGGGUGGCACUGAGGGUAAUUUCAACUUACUCAGCGAGGCGUACGGCGACAUGUUGGGUCUUCCCUACGAGUAUGCCAGCAACCAACAUUAUUCAGCUUAUGCCUUCAGUCACAAUGGACAACCAACUAUCGUAGCUCUUCGUGACGGUGGCCACGAAAUGGGUCAACUUGAUUACAUUACUGGCUGGGACAUGCUGAGAAUUAGACGCUUGUAUAACUGCCCGGGAGCCUGGAGCGAGGACGUUAAUAUGGAGGACCUUAACAAACCAGCCGUCUACAUCCCCAGCAACGAGGAGCUUCAAAUUAGGGGUGCUAAGUUUGCCGAAGAACUAGAACGCAGAAGUCAAAUGGAGCAGGAGGCACAGGUUUAAUUAAGGACAAACCAAUCGCAUUUUAAAUUAUAUC